UCGAUGUUUAAUGAUAUUUACUCAGUGAAGUGAAAAGAAAUGAAGCAAACAGUCAUAUUAACUGCGAUUCUCGCCGCACUGACACAAUAUGCCAGUGCAGACGAAAUAAAGGACUCGAAUCCUGUCGAAGGUGAAGGUGUACUAGCACCGAAAAUCGAAAGCCGCAUUAAUGAAAAAUUUUCCCCAGUCGAAGGCGAUCGUUUUAUAGUCAGCUUAUCGAGAAUGAAUUGGUUUGCUGCCCUGGUUUUUUGUACCGAACAAAAUGCGAAACCUCUCUCAUUGGAAUUCGGGAAAGACGACAUUAUAAAGAAACAGUUUAUUGAAUUUAUUAAAUUAUACCAUCUUCAAUCUCGUAGCUACUGGCUAAACGGUAAUCGGCUAGAAGAUGAUGUAACCUUCCGUUGGGGGUUGGGUGGAAUGCCACUAUCACAUACCGAUUGGGAUAAAAAUCAACCUGACAACGCAGGAGGAACACAACGUUGCAUGAGAUUGUUUGAGACUAUGAUGUGGGAUGAUGACGACUGUUUUGUUAUAAAUUAUGCUGCAUGUCAAAAGUAUUAAUUAUUGCUCCCUGUAAUAGUUAGAUUUGCCUACUUUCAUUUUAAAUAUAAACAUUGUUAAAGCAUAUAUAA